UUAAGUUUCUGAAGGAGAAAAGAGGUGGGAGGGGAAAGGUACUUAGCGGUCUAACCUGUUGGAUGUGUUAAAACUUCUAUAGAGGAAAGCAGAGGGUGGGCUUUUCUUUCAAAGCUGGUACAGUGAACACACAAAAGCCAGCCCCAGUAAACUCAGCUUCUUUUGAAUUGGACAAGCUCUCUCUCAGCCAACAGAAAGCUGAGCCAGGGGCUGACGUCAGAGCCAGCCUGGAAAGCUGCGAGCUUUCUGGUUUUGCUCAGAUGAACCUGAGGCUAUUUAGAUCUAAGCUGGCGGGAAGGAAAGCUGAAGCCAGAGAUAUUUUUUUCUGGCAGGUUGGAGCUGCAAUGGCUGGCUGAGACUUUUAUACUCUGGGAAAGCCAUCAGGAUCUUACAGACCGCCACGGCUUAUGUACAUAUUACAGAAAAAAAUGAGGGAAACUAUGCCCCAGACACCAAUAUUUUCCAGCAUGCUCAGUUCCAGUUGUAGUGGGCAGGUGCAGCCAGACAUGGGCGAGAAGUGUGGAGAUCCUGUUUACCAGGAUGGAAAUCUCAUCUCUGGAUCACUGGAGGCCCUGAUAGAGCGCCUGGUGCCCACCAUGGACUAUUAUCCAGAUAGGACUUACAUCUUCACUUUCUUACUGAGCUCCCGAGUCUUCAUCCACCCACAUGAGCUCCUGGCAAAAGUGGGGCAGAUCUGCAUUAAGCAGAAACAGCAGCUUGAGAUUGGGUCUGAGGCAGAGAAGACAAAGCUAAAAUCCUUUGCUGCCAAGAUCAUUCAGCUCCUGAAAGAAUGGACAGAAACAUUCCCCUAUGACUUCCAGGAUGAGAAAUCCAUGAAGGAGUUGAAGGAGAUUGCUCACAGGAUCACACAAUGUGAUGAGGAAAAUGGAACCGUGAAGAAGAUCAUCAGCCAGAUGACACAGAACCUACUGAUGACCCUUUCUGCAAGGAGUCAGUACCAGGAAAUAAAAGAGAAAUUCAGGCAACCCGUUACUGAUAAAGGAACCAUCCUUAAAAACAAGCCACAGUCGACCCAGAAGGACAUACUGAGCAUAUGUUGUGACCCCCUGAUCUUGGCACAGCAGCUAACUCAUAUUGAACUGGAGAGGGUGAGCAACAUUUACGCAGAGGAUCUGAUGCAGAUUGUCAGCCACGUGGAUUCCCUGGAUAAUCACAAGGUGCGUGUGUGGUGCCGAGGAGAUGUUACCAAAACCUACACCUUGGAGGCCUAUGACAACUGGUUCAACUGCCUCAGCAUGCUGGUGGCUACAGAGAUUUGUCGGGUUGUGAAGAAAAAGCAGCGGACAAGAAUAGUGGAAUUUUUUAUUGAUGUGGCAAGAGAGUGCUUCAACAUCGGAAACUUCAACUCAAUGAUGGCCAUUAUCUCUGGCAUGAACCUGAGUCCUGUAGCACGGCUAAAGAAAACCUGGUCAAAGGUCAAAACAGCCAAAUUUGAUGUUUUAGAGCAUCACAUGGACCCAUCCAGCAACUUUUGUAAUUACCGGACAGCCCUGCAAGGAGCAGCACAGAGAUCUCAGACUGCCAACAGCAAUCGGGAAAAAAUUGUCAUCCCUGUUUUCAAUCUGUUCAUUAAAGAUAUCUACUUUCUGCACAAGAUGCACACAAACCGCUUACCCAAUGGACAGAUAAACUUCAAGAAAUUUUGGGAAAUUUCAAGACUAAUUCAUGAUUUCAUAACAUGGAAACAAGUAGAGUGUCCUUUUGAGAAGGACAAGAAGAUCCAGAGUUAUCUACUCACGACACCUAUUUACAGUGAAGAAGCUCUGUUUAUAGCAUCCUUCGAAAGUGAAGGUCCAGAAAAUCACGUGGAAAAAGACAGCUGGAAGACACUCAGGACAACUCUGCUUAAUAGGGCCUGAGAUUUUGGAUCUGAUCUGCAGAAUCUAAAGCACACAGGAAGAACUUUUGUUUUUAAAUAGUGAAUGUCUUGGGUUGGGAUAAACAAGACCUCACUGGCUGAGGUCUGUUUUGUAUAUACAAUAUCUUUUAUGAAAUAAAAAUGUGGUAAAUAUUUCACGUCAACCUUAAGGCACUUAAAAGUGAAGGAUUUUGGUUUUUAUUUUAAAAACACAAGGGCAGGGCCCUGUUCUCAGAGAUGAAGUGUAUCAUGGGAGAUGGUAUCCAUGGUGAGGUCUUAAUCUAAUGACAUCCAAAUCUUUUUUUUCUUUGAUUACUUCCACCUUAAAAAAAGAAAAAAAAACCCAACAUACAAACACCAAAUACAACCAAAACACUGCACAGGUUCAAUACCGUUAGGUCCCAAUCCUACAAACACUGACACAUCUCCUUAACUUUAAGCAGGUGAGGAGUUGAAGGGAAGGAAUGAAGAGUCCCAUUCAAAUCCCCGGGACAACUCGUAUGCUCAAGUCAAGGAGGUGCAUCAGUGUCUGCAGGACCAGGGCCUUAGACAUCCGCAGUGGGGCUGUUCCUCUCUUACAUCGGAGAAUAGUGCCUUACAAGGUACUGAAAUUGUCCAGUAUACCUUCUAUGAUUCUGGUCUGGAAGCAAGCAAAAUAAAAAUAUGGAUGUCUAAAAACCAGCUAUAAUGUACUUUGUAAAUAAACUGGAAGUUAUAGCAUAUGAACUUGAAUAUGCCUGCCUACAACAAUGAAAGUGCAGCAAAACAUAUUUUUGUUACGUGCUUUGAAGAGAAGAAACGGGACAACUGCUAGAUUUUUUUUUAAAGUAUUAACACUUCUGGGAACUAUCCUUUGAGUUCUGGCUGCAAAAUAUUUUUUGUUUUCUUUAUCAGGGAUUUAUUUAAAAAAGAAAAGGUUAUCUAAUCUAGAUAAACUCUUCAAGAUGGAUCUAAUGUGUGUUUUGGAAAAUAAGUUUUAAAAUGAGAGAGGGGGCGGGGAUGUGAAUUGGGACAUCAACUUUGAAGCUGAAGCUUAAAGGAGUGAGACAUGCCAUUUCCAUUCAAUUUGGGCAUCUAAUUCCCUAGGUCCCUUUGAAAAUGCUAGCCUGAAUUGACAGACAACCAAUUAAAACUAAGAAUCUAUGGCAGCCAAUUAUUCUGGCAUAUAUUCAAGCUAUCAUUAUACGCCUCAGCCAAAACCUAUUGAAGUUCAUGGAAAAACAUCCUCUGGCACUGGAUCAGGCCUUUACACCCCAAGUCAGAUCCAAAUUAGGGAUGAUUUGUAAGCCAAUGAUGUUUCCAAUUUCUCCUUUUAACUGUUCUUGAUUUUAGGAUAAUUUGGUUAUGAUAACCAGCGUGUCUAAGCAGCUCAUAUUACAUUUCUGGCUAUCCAUUUUCAGAAAAAAAUUAUUCAUCAUUUAAAGAUUUUAUUCCUUCCAUUCCCAUAAUUCCUGAACCAGGAGGAAGACCAAAAAAAUCAGUCUCAGAUUAAGAUUUAUGAACGUACUAUUACCCAUGACUGUCGGUUCUCCUUCCCAGCACUUGUUCUCUUAGAGCCUGAGGGCUGGAUAUUUAUCUAGAUAAAUGAGAACCUCCAGACAGUUACAUUAGAAAGGAUUGUUUCAAUACCCUCAAGAGCUCAGAAAGGAUACAAACCCUCAUGUGUCAGGGCACCAACCAAUCUCUAACUGAGGGGGUUGGGAAGAAGCUUGGCCUAUGAGCAAGUUAGUUCUGUAAUUGCUCAUGUAGGUGGGCAGGUACCUUCCUCUGAUGUAUCUUGUGCUGACCUCUGUUGGAGACAGAAUGCUGGACUAGUUGGACCACAGAUCAGGUCUGUUAAAGCAAUUUCUCUGUUCCAAUCCUGCAAAUGCUUCCUACUGAAUGCUUACAACCUUAGGUAGUCCCAUUUGCAUUUACCCACAGUAAGCGUUUGCAGUGUUAAGCCUUUAAUACGUUUCCAAUGAGAGCUUUUUUCCCCGUAGAUAUUUGUAAUUAUGAAAACUAAAUACACCAGGUGAGGAAGGGAGGAUGAAGGGGGAAGGAAUUGACUUUUUGCUGUUCCCAUAGCACUGGGAUCAAAGAGCAACAAACAAAAGUUAAAUAGUUGCCAUUAAACGAACAAACAGAUUAAAGUGGAGGGAGGAAGUACAAAUGCUAGCUAUGAAUAUCAACAGCUCAAAGAGAGAGAGAGGAGAUAGUUCUGUUUCUUGUGAUUUGCUGCUAUUUUUCCUGUGCUGAAGUACUGAUUUUCAGCCCUGGGGUAGAGUACGAAUAUUUAUACUGUAUUAUUACAGUGUUUUGCACUUUGAGAGAUGUUCUAGCUAGUGAUAUAGUCAGACAAUAAAAGGGAUUGUAUAUCAGCUUUGUUUAAGUAAUUGAAAUUUUAAAAGGGAUGCUUAAAAUUUAAGAAAAUAUAUAUUUGAAAUGCAAUUUUAGAACACUUUCUGUAUGUGUAUUAAAAAAGCUUUUACAUGAAUGUGCACUUCACUGGUCUAUCAGUCCUAGUAUAUACUUGAAAUCAGUGCAGUGUCUACAUGGGUUUGUUUUUAAUUUUUUUUCCUCCUUCAAUUUGAUACAUUCCUUAAAUACUGUGUUCUGCUAUUCUGAGCUGCAUUGCUACAUAUAAAGCUGUAUCAUAAAGCAGGAUAUUCCGUGUUUGACUGGAUGUGCUUGCAUUAAUAAAAACCAAGUUGCUUCAACCAGG